AAAAUGGCGGAAAAUGAUGGAAAUAAUGUUGCAAUUGUUGAGUCCCCCGCAAAGUCGGAAUCUCCUUUAUCUUCGAGGGAGGAAUUUGGAAGAAUACAGAAAGAAUUAGCCAAAGAAUUAAAAGCAAAAGAUGGGCUUGAGAGAUUCCUCUCACUUGCUUCUGGCAAUUUACUCAACCCUCGGGCUUAUACUCCGGAUUUAAUGGAAUAUUCAAGAGAACUUUAUGAGGAAAGUAAAGCAAAGACAACAUUUUUAAGGAUGCAAUUGGAAAGGUAUUUUGGGAUUUUUUGUAUAAUAUUUUGGUUUCUAAACUGGGGACAUUUAUCCAUUACGUGGGAAUAUUGUUUUUUCAUUUUUCGAUUUGGGGGAAUUUUUUCGUUUUGAUUUUUAUUCUAAUUUUUAGAUUAAAAUUACAAGAACGAUCAAACAUUGCUGGUAAUGGCCGUGAAAGUGAUGGAGACAGUACUGAAAACAAAA